GUCUGUCGCUGUCCUCACAAUGCCCAACCAUGAAGCUCCUGAGUCUGUCAGUGGUUUUAGCUAGCCUGUUGGCGGUGGGUGAGCCACACGGGUACAUGAUAGAGCCACCCCAGCGAUCCUCCAUGUGGAGGGUGUAUGAAGGGUUUACUCCAAAUUACAACGACAUGGAACUCUUCUGCGGCGGAGUUGCGAAACAAUGGGAUGAAAUGGAUGGGAAAUGUGGAACCUGUGGCGAUGCAUAUGAUGCAGAAGUUCGUGAUAACGAGGCUGGAGGAAUCUACGCUACUGGCGUGAUUGGACGAAAUUACACACGUGGUCAAGUCAUCACGGUACAGAUUCGGCUAACAGCAUCUCAUUUAGGAAACUUUCAGUUCAAAAUAUGCCCCCACAACAACCCAAAAGUACCUGUGACCCAGGAGUGCCUCAACCAACACAAAUUGAAUUUAGCGGGAACAGACGAGCAUCACUUCUAUCCCAAAGAAACAGGAUAUUACGACAUAGAUCUCCAACUUCCGCCGGACAUGGUGUGCUCACAGUGCAUUCUUCAAUGGCAUUACACUGCAGGAAACACGUGGGGUUGUGCGCCAGACGGGGACUGUUGUCUAGGGUGCGCCUCAAAACAGGAGACCUUCAUCAACUGUGCUGACAUCGCUAUAUUUGACGAUGGCGGCGUGGCACCGCCCACCUCUGGGCCUUCCACUGGAAAUCCCCCAACUCAGGCGCCGACUACGGCACAGCCCACAGAAAGACCGACGACCCAAGCCCCACCGACAGCGGCCCCUACAACUCAUAGUCCCACCACACAAAGCCCAACUGAUGCCCCCACGACACAGGGCCCAUCCACACAGUCACCGACCGACGACUGUGUGCUGAUGGAGUGCCCAGUGGGCCUGACCUUGAUGUGUGAUGGCACAGGAGAUCUUGCUGGGGAUCUGACUAGGCAGCGAUUUUGUAACGACCACUGUCGGCUGCAAACGGCAUCGUGCACUACUCAGUUAUGCUCGUGUACGUGCAAAAAGAUAACCUGCAAGGCUGUUGGUGGCUACGAGGGCUCUCCGACCCACGACGACUGGUGCCAGACGAUCUGUACUCAGGAUUCGAACCUCUGUCCAGAUCACAGGGACCAGUGUCAGUGUACGGAGGACCUGUAAACAGUUGAGAUUAUGAUUGUAUAUAUAUAUAACCGCUGUCGAUAUGGUCUCUUCUAUAGUUUAUUGACUUAAAGGAAUUCUUGUUUUCUUUACAUGGGUAUUAUAUUCUGUCUUUACUUUACUCUAAUAAACAGGAACUGAAA